ACCACUCUGGCUGCGAAUAUACCUUUGUGCGUCGGCAGUAUAUUAUUGUGAAGGCAGUUGUUUCGUUGUCGAACCUGAUAUAACUGCACGCCGUUGGAAUGAUAACACCUUUCCUGAUGACAGGACACAAGGCUUUCGCAAUGAUUUUUAUGCCACCAGUCAUUCGGUGUCGGAUUAUGUUUUCUGUUUGAGAGGAUGGAUUUAUGGUGCUACAAAAACAUGUCCACGUAGAGUACCAAAAGGAUUCAAUCAAUUCGCUGUAAAUGAACAACAGAAUCCAGUCUGACCUGAGAGCAGAUAUCCUGUUAACUUGGCAGUGUAAAUGUAAUAUGCAAUUGUGAAUACCACUUUGGAAGAGGCAGUAUACAAUAGUUGGCACCCGUGUGUAUCCAAACAAACAAUAAAUACAGUUUUGCAGUAAAAGUUGUUGGUACAGUGUGCAAGCUAGUUACAAGUGAAACAUGGAAGCAAAUGGUAAUGUAUGUUUGAGAUGGAACAACCACCAGAGUACAGUAGUUUCUGUCUUUGAAACCCUUUUAGACAGCGGAACACUUGUCGACUGCACUAUCGCAGCCGAAGGUCGUUGCUUGAAAGCUCACCGAGUGAUCCUCUCAUCGUGUAGCCCUUUCUUUGCACUGUUGUUCAGCCAGCACUAUGAGAAACACCCGAUAGUUGUACUGAAAGACAUCAGAUUUCAGGAACUGAGAGCUGUGGUGGAUUACAUGUACCGUGGUGAGGUCAACAUUUCCCAGGAUCAACUGGGAGGUCUCCUGCAGGCGGCAAAGUUGCUGCAAAUAAAAGGCUUGUCAGACAGUGGUGAGAGUAGAGUAGAUGGGAAGGUGGAAGUGGACAAAACUAAGGAAAUGUGCUCUUCAGUCCUACAGAGUGGUGCAGCAGUUGAGCAAUCUGCAGAACCUGCAACAGUCACUCAGUUCCCACCAGACACAGAGGUAGUUGAUCUAUCAGAUGACAGUUUACCAUCUCCUGACACACAGGAAACUCUCAGUACAAAAGAAAAAAAUACGUCACCAAUCGAUUGUGCUCUCAGGGCUUCGCACAGUUUAUCUGCUCGCCACGAGAACAAAAUUGGGAAUAGUUCUUCUGCAGCCGAAAAUCACCUGAGCACUCUACACGGCACAUCCAAUGAACCACAGGUUAGUUCAACGAUUUCAGCACAUGCUUUAACACCGUUGACUUCUGCAGCAUUUCCAAAGUCCGUGCUGGAAAAUAACUUGCCAGAUGUUCCAGAGAACAAGACUGAUAGAAUAAAAUGUGAAAAUACUCUACUGCCAAAAGCAGCUUCAGAACAGACAGCAGUCACAUUAAAAGGUCCUCUCCAGAAACCAGGAACACUUACAGAAACACCAGUUAAAAGUGAAAGUGAGUUAAUGGACACUGACGACAACUUUGCUGACGAUGUUUCACGUAAUUUUACAUUUAAUGAUGUGGACUGUGCAGCGCACCGAGAACAGCAGUCACCUAGUGACAGGGCGAACUUUCUCAGUGAGGGAAUGAGUAUUGAAAGUGUGGUCGACUGGACGUGUGACAUUUAUUCGGGUCUCCCCCAGUCAAAACGACCUUGUUUCUCUAGGUGCAGAGUUUGUGGCAAGGUGUACAAGUACAACAGGAAUUUAACAAAACAUUUAAAAUAUGAAUGUGGGAAAGAACCACAGUUUUGUUGUCCAUACUGUCCAGCAAGGUAUACUCAGAAUGGAACACUGAGGAAGCACCUCGAAAAACAUCAUCAAAGUAGUGAGAGUGUCAAGUAAUUUUUUUUUUAAAAAAAAAAGAGGUGGAUAAUUUUCCCCCGAUACCAGUACAAAUGUGCUUCCAAAAGUCUCACAGUGUGUAAGUGAACAAGUAGUUUGAUAAUACUGUCUCAAACAUCAAUGUUGCUCCGCAAUUACAUUCAAACCUUUAAUGUCUGCAUGCAGAAAACAGUGUUAAAGUUAGAAGUUUAUUAGAAUUGAGACCAGGAGGAAAUCAUAUACUGUUGUCAGAAGUUAUCGUUUGUUUUCAGGCAAAGAGAAUACACAUAUUAUCAUAAUAAUGAUAUAGUGGUGAUGCGAGAUGACUGGAAACAAAUGUGCAGGCCAUAUCUGCAGAAUGAUUAAAGUGUUUUCGAUGAA